AUGGACAAGGGCAAGCAAAAGGCCUGCGACGCCGAGGCACUCUCGCAGUCGGCAUCGUUCCACAACAAAGAGGCAAUGGUGCUAGGCGAGGCAUCCUCUUCACGAGCACCCGAACCGAUGGACAUCCCUGCCAGAGCAAACAAUUCCCAGCGCGCCGAUUCUGACAAUUCUCGGAGCCCCUCGUCUUGCAAUGAUCACCGUGGCCGACACUCUCACGCUCGAGCCAAAUCCUCGCUGGGCUCUGCCAACAUGUACGACUUCUUCGGUCCAAGCUCGCUCACUUCCAACUCUACUGAUGCUACCAGCUUCCAUUUCGGAUCUCCCGAAGCAAGUCCCAGGCCGGGAAAGUCCUCUCAGAUCCAAGUGAGGACCGUCGACGCAGUGCAGCGAGACACUCUCGAAGACACGAUCGAGGCAGGCCAUUCCAGAUUCGUCUCAGCGUCGGAAGAGCCGACGCAAAACGAGGCGAAUGCACAGGCCACCGAGGAAGAGGACGCAGCUGAGCCAAGGCACGACACCUCUGCCACACCUAUGUCACCGCUGUACCCUGAGGAGACGCUGCCUCACUACGAGGAAGCACCUCAAUACACGCCACCCUUGUCGCACCAAUCCGGAAGCACUUUUCGAUCCAAGACGUCCGCUUUCCGCGCAGCAGCUGCGAACCGCUUCUUGUCGGGUCGUAUCGCCAAGAAGCUCAACCUCCCUCCAGCUUUGCAAAGUCGUCUACGAGGCACGCAGACGCCAGACGCUUCUUCCAGCUCUCAGGGUCCCUAUGCCACUGCACACUACCAGAGUAGGGUACCCUUCGUCAGAAGCGACAGUGCGCCAAAUCUGACUCAGUCACAGGGACGACGACGCAUCGAAGUUCGCAACUACACUGCGACCGCAUACGUGGACGGUGCUCGAAUGGGUCCUGCUCCUCGUCCUCCUGGACCUGCCUCUUCGAGACCUUCGACCGCCGGUGCUGCUGAUAGCAGUGCUCGCACGGCCAUGGCUCCGAGAAUCCGACCAUCGACAAGUGCAGGUGCAACAACAGAAGGACAGUGGCAUUCGAAUGCCUCCCCUUUGCUCAGAACAGCAAUGUCUUCCUCCUCCUCCUCCAGGAGAAACAGUGGCGAGUCACGCCCACUCAGUCGUGGCACUGUCAGCUCGGCUCCUAACAGUGGCCUGUUCACAUGCGGUUACUCUUCUAGUCGAAGCGGUGCGACAACACCAACUCGACCUAGCCUUCUGCGCAAAGGUCGAAGCCGUACCGUCAACCUGAGGAGUCUCGGAGACAUCUUUUCGAUCAACCGAGACCGCGACAGUAGCAGCGCAAGCCCGGCCACACCGAGCGAGGAAGUCCAUCAGCAAGAUACAGAAGAGGCUGGCGAAUCCGCAACGUCACGCACGGUGUUGCGAGAGGUCAUCUCUCCCAUCUCCAACGAGACCCUCAUCUCUGCUCGGGUCCAUUCUCACUCGACUGCACGCCCGACUUUGAUGAACGCCGCUCGAAGCAGUCCGCAAGCUGGAGUCGAUGCGGUUGCUUCAGGCAACCCCGUUCUUAUCAAUCCUAGGCAGAGCAUUGAAAAGAAGCCAGACCCAAUGCAAAAGCUUCCUAGAGAGAUCAUCCUGUCCAUUUUCAAGAACCUCAUCGAUCUGCAUGUUCAAGAACACCAUGUAGCUGUCGAGAAGGGCAUCUGGCGUGGCCAAAAGUCAAGCGAGACACGUUACGUAGGUGCAGAAGCAGCUUUCCGCGAACUCGCUCGUCUGAGCCGUGUCUCACGCAAGUGGCAGAGUUACGUGCUUGACGGCCAGCUUUGGCAGCAUCUCGAAUUCUCCAAAUACCCAGACAUGGCUGAAGAAGCGAUGAUCAGUAUUGCCAAGGCUGUCGGCCCCUUUGUGCGAAGACUGGACUUGCACGGUCAUGCAGGUCUAAGGUCAAGUGUGUUGCUCCCUUUGUCCAAGGCACAACGUCCGAGGUCAUUGACAGAGUACGAGCUGCAAGGUGCCACAUCGACGUCGACAAGCGUGCCUUUUGCUGCAUGCCAGCUUGAGGAGCUGGAUCUUGAGGGAUGCCGACAAAUCUCGACUAGUGCGCUCAAUAUGGUGCUCUCUCGAUGCCCAAAUCUCAAGAAGGUCAACUUGGGAAGCUUGCCCUGUGUCGACAAUACGACGUUGUGCAUGUUGGCUGCGACAGCUACCCAUCUCGAUUAUCUUGACAUCAGCCGCUGCCGUGGGGUAGACGGAGAGGGCAUUCGGGCAAUCUUCACUAUUCAGCAGGGCGAGAACAACAUUCCGGCUGUUCUCAAGGAGCGAAAUAUGGUUUCGAGAUUCCGCGAGUUCCAUGCGGCAGGAGUUGCUGGUUUGGACAAAGAAACAUUGGCUCAGCUCGGCAGGCACUGGCCUAAUCUGGAAGUUCUCGACAUCAGCUACUGCAGUGAUGUCAAUGAUGCCGCUAUUGCGGCUUUGGUCAGUAGUGAGGACGAUGUGGUCAGUGAGAAGGGUGGAUUUGUUACGCUCACUCCGAGACAAGCUGGUAGCCAAGGGGAUGAUGAAGUUGUGCGCAGGGCUUUCCCUCAUUUGAGGAGUCUGAACCUGUCGAGCUGUCGUGCGUUGACAGAUCGCACAUGCAUGUCGCUCUCCCACACUGUACCUCAACUCGAGGUGUUGGAGAUGGCCAACAUUGGGGCUGGGCUCAAGGAUGCGGGUCUAGUCAAGCUUUUUGCUACGGUGCCUCAGCUGCAGAAACUUGAUCUGGAACGAGCAACACAGAUUACAGACGCAGUACUCUCAGCUCUAACCCCACCCGAAUCGCACGCCGAAGCAUUCGGCCACGCCGUACCAGACAGAGACACACUCAUGAACGGAACCCGACCACGAGGCUCGCUUCUCGGCAUAUCCCGUCGAUCCGCCAACCGACGCAGACAACCAUCUUCAACCCCCGAAGACGCAACGCCACCGUCAUACGACCAGGAAGCAGUCUCCGCCCUCAUCCCUGCCACUGGCACCCAUCUCACCCAUCUCAUCCUAUCCUCAGCCAACCAUCUUACGGCUGAAGCCAUGCUCUUGCUCAUCAACCGGUGCCCGCAUCUCAUGCAUCUGGAAGUGGACGAUACCCAUGCGGAUAACGAGGUUGCAAUGCAAUUUGUGCAGCUUGCGCGAUAUAGGAAGGUGAGGAAUGCGUAUUUAAGUUUGGUUGAUUGUAGGUCGUUUUCAAGGGAUACGUAUUCGAGUCUGACUCAAGCGGAUGGUGGGGAGAGUGCGAUUAGGCCUAGAAGGGGGAGCAGAGGUUUCGCGUUUAGAGGGUUUAGUUAUGAUGAUGCCGAACCCAGCUCCGCUGUUUUAGGGUUGAGGAAGGGAACAGAGCAGAACAACACGAGUUUGAUGGUUCCCAGCAGCAGCGGAUCGCUACGAACCUCGCUCGACGGCAGGGAGAGGGGCCAUGAUGAAUGUAACGAUCUCAAGGCGGUGCUUAAGAGUUUCUGGGGCUGGCAAUCGGUAGAUGCGAGAUUGAAGCAGAAGAAGAAGGCGGAACAACGUGCAAUUACUCAUUUGAGGAGACAGGGAGGAGGGAGGGGAAAGGUUAGUAGUGCUGUGGCUAUGGCUUUUGGGCGUCCUAUCGCCACAGCUAGUGGAGGAUUCGGGAAUGGGUUUGAGAGGGGGACAAGUGCAGGUCAGCAGACGAGGGGUGCGAGAUGGAGUAGGGUGAUAGUGCCGGAGAGGAGCGCGGGAGAUGGUGGAGUGGAGACUGAUGAAGAUGAAGAUGAUGGUAAUGAUGAUGAUGCUAGGGGAUGUAGUGUAAUGUGA